CACAUCGUCACACUAGCGCGCGAUACAUCACCGUCCGCUACCUCGUUCAUCCGGCACUCACCGACGGUACGUCAUCGAUCGCCGCACCGUUCAGUGCCGUUAUGACAAUAAUGUGAGUCGGGUCGAAGAGUGCCGUGGAAGCGUCCGUGUCGUGCGUCAUUUGUUUCGAGUCAGAGCGCAGCAUCUAGUCGGCCCUUUUCGCGGAAACGACAUGCUUUAGCGCCGCGGCAUCGCAGGCUGAUGACAUUCCAAUCGUUCUUCCGUCAAAGGGCCACUGGAAGAUGUUUAGCCCAGUGCAUUCUCUCAGAAAGCUUCUAUUGCUGCCUAUACGGAAUAUACUAUUCUUGUUAUCUUUGACAGUGAAUGCGUCCUUCGCCGUUGGCGGCGGAGGAGGUGGUGGGGGGGACCUGUGGCCAAUGGACAGGCCUGACGGCAUGCCUUCCAUCCAAUCACUGGAAGUGAUGUGCGGGAAGGACCACAUGGACGUACACCUCACGUUUUCGCAGCCGUUCGAGGGAAUCGUGUCGUCUAAGGGACAACACGGAGAUCCCAGAUGUGUCUACGUACCUCCUUCAACAGGUCAAACUUUUUUUUCGUUCCGGAUAGCCUACACCCGUUGUGGGACGAAGCCAGACCUCCACGGACAGUUUUACGAAAACACUGUGGUGGUCCAAUAUGACAAGGAUCUGCUAGAAGUAUGGGAUGAAGCGAAGAGGCUUCGCUGUGAAUGGUUCAACGAUUAUGAGAAGACUGCUUCCAAGCCGCCCAUGGUCAUCGCUGACCUUGAUGUCAUCCAGCUAGAUUUUCGAGGUGACAAUGUGGACUGUUGGAUGGAGAUCCAGCAUGGAAAGGGUCCUUGGGCACCUCCUGUUAGUGGUAUUGUACCCCUAGGUUCAACGUUAACUCUAGUGGUAGCAAUCAAUGACUAUCGAGGAGAGUUUGACAUGCGUGUGAAGUCCUGCGCAGCGUCAGACGGCGGAGGCCACGUGAUCCAAUUGUCGGACGAAUUCGGGUGCGUCCUGCGACCCAAAAUGAUCAGCAGGUUUUUGAAAGCGCGGCAAGCCGACGAAAGAGCGACGGUUAUCACGUACGCGUUUUUCCAUGCCUUCAAGUUUCCUGAUGCACUUUCCGUACACAUCAAAUGCAAGGUAGAGAUUUGCAGGCAUGGUUGCCUCGAGCAUUGUCAGCUUCAACCUUCUGAAGCUGCCGCAGAUGUAGCUGAUCCAGGAUUGCAUCACUACACGAAUCCGCUGCGAAGACAAGACGACAGGGUGGUUAGUGAGGAAGAGGAUACGGAGCAAAGGCUUCCAGGAGAAGCUCCAGGACACGACCUCCUGUACGAGGAGAUCAUCCAGGAUUCUGUCGACGAGGAGGAGGACUCCUCUUCGAAUGAACAAAGUGGAACAUCGUCUCCAGUCAAAAUGCCGCUCAACAAGCAUCAGUCAGAGGAGACUAGUAAAGAAAAACAUCAGCAGGAUUCGCUCUCAGGUGAACAGGACCAGUCUGAGGUUAAUCGAUUGUCUCAGGAAACAUUACCGGAUGAGGAUAUUUAUCCCCUUCCGAUCCGUGACAAGUUCCCGCACGGUCCCAGAACCUUCGAUGAUCCAAUAGUGGCCGCUCCAAGAAGUCUGAACACCGACGACGUAAGCACUGCGAGGAAAGAUUCCAAGGAAGCCUUGAAGGUUGAGAACAAGACGGCAUUUGAAAAGGCGCACAACAGGACGGUGAGAAGGAAGAGAAGUGUUGUCGUGUCUGAUAGGAAGGCAAGAAGUGCAGACGUUGGUGUAAGCACCCUAUACGAAGUAAUAUCGGAGGCCGACCUAGCGUUCAGUCCAGACGGACGGGCUGAAGCCGUCACUGUUUUCCAGGGCCGGAUUAGGGAAGAAGUCGUCUACGGAAUUUGCAUGCCCGUACCUGGAUUCAGUCUGUUGUUCGUGUUAGUUGCUGUUUCUGCUGUUGUAUCGGCUCUUGUUGCCGGAACACUGUUGUACAGGUAUCAACUCCAAAAGGAACACCUGGCCCAACAAAACAAUCAAAGAGGCGCCGCGGUACCUAUGAGCAUCUUCCCAAACUGGAUGGGUUUGAGAUUGCUCAGACCGCGCGCGUGCGCCGCAGCCAGACACCAAAACGGCAAAAUGGAACUCAACGGGAAAACUAGAGCCGCUCAUUUACACGCUGCCGCUCAAUAGGUUCUCGAUGCUCAUGUUUGUAGGUGCGGUUUCGGUAGAGGUAGAUUUGAAAGCUGUUCAGCUCAAGGUCAUCAGGAAACUUACAGACGAAGGAAUUUCAGUCGUGAUUAUGAAAACGUUUCACUAAGUAAUAUCAUCUGCAAUCGACAAGGUGUUGGUAACAUUCAAUCAUUGCAAGACUGUUCUGAAUACGACCCUGUUAAAUGUUUCCAUCUUUCGAGUGCUACGUGCAUAUUGUGAGACUGUGCUUACAUCCACUUCUAUCUAAAGAACAUCGCACGAAAUAUAUGGAAAAUGGGUCAUAGUCGAUUUAUCUAAAAAUUCAGAAUGAACAAAAGUUCACAUGG